AUGGAUCCCAGAGGAGACACCCUAUAUGAGUACUCAGAGUGUGAGAGAAGCUUUAUUUCACAGUCAUUUCUUACAGUUCACCAGAAGAUUCAUAAUGAAGAGACAUUAUUUGAUAAGACACAUCUUCCUCAAGACCACAGGAAUCACACAGGAUGGAAGCCAUUUAGAUGUUCAGAAUGUGACAAGUGCUUCACUACUAAGGGAAAUCUUACCGAACACCAGAGGAUUCACACUGGAGAGAAGCUAUUUCAAUGUUCAGAAUGUGACACGUGCUUCACACGAAAGGAUCAACUUGCUAUUCACCAGAGGAUUCAUACGGGAGAGAAACCAUUUAAAUGCUCAGAAUGUGAAAAGUGCUUCACAACUAAGGGAAAUCUUAAUAAACACCAGAGGAUACACACUGGAGAGAAUCUAUGUCUAUGUUCAGAAUGUGACAAGUGCUUUGCUACUAAGGGAAAUCUUACUCAACACCAGGGGACUCACACUGGAGAGAAGACAUUUAGAUGUUCAGAAUGUGACAAGUGCUUCGCUGCUAAGGGAACCCUUACUUUACACCAGAGGAUUCACACCGGAGAGAAACCAUUUCAAUGUUCAGAAUGUGAAAAGUGCUUCAGACAAAAGGAAAAACUUGCUCUUCACCAGAGGACUCAUACGGAAGAGAAACCAUUUAAAUGCUCAGAAUGUGAAAAGAGCUUCACAAAUAAGCAAAGUCUUACUCUGCACCAGCGGACUCACACAGGAGAGAAACAAUUUAAAUGCUCAGAAUGUGACAAGAGCUUCACACAUAAGCUAAAACUUACUGUACACCAGAGGAGUCACACUGGAGAGAAACCAUUUCUAUGUUCAGAAUGUUACAAGUGCUUCACUACUAAGGGAAAUCUUACUCAACACCAGAGGAUUCACACUGGAGAGAAUCUAUUUCUAUGUUCAGAAUGUGACAAGUGCUUCACAGCUAAGGGAAAUCUUACUGAACACCAGAGGAUUCACACUGGAGGGAAGCCAUUUCGAUGUUCAGAAUGUGACAAGUGCUUCACAACUAAGGGACAUCUUACUUUACACCAGAGGAUUCACACAGGAGGGAAGCCACAUCGAUGUUCAGAAUGUGACAAGUGCUUCACAACUAAGGGAAAUCUUACUAUACACCAGAGCAUUCACACUGGAGAGAAGCCAUUUCAAUGUUCAGAAUGUGACAAGUGCUUCAGACAAAAGGAAAAACUUACUAUUCACCACCAUAGGAUUCACACUGGAGAGAAGCCAUUUCAAUGUUCAGAAUGUGACAAGUGCUUCUCACAAAAGGAGUAUCUUACUCGUCACCAGAGGAUCCACACAGGAGAUUAACCAUAUUAA